AUGGAGGCUGAUGCAGCUAUCGCCCCCAAUCCCAUGGACGUGCAGGCUGAUGCAGCUGUGGACCUCAAUCCCUCGGACGUGCAGGCUGAUAAGGCCAUGGACCCUUUGGAGUGGGCUGCUCAGCGUUCACCUGCUGUGGUGGCAGAGGUUCUCUCGAGUCCAGAGGCGAGCAAGCAGGAUUUGGCAAAGGAGCAGCUGCAAGACCGAUUGAGAGCCCUCAAGCAGAAGAUGGCGCUCAAGCGCGAGGACACGCAGCUGGUGCCGGCGGAAGUCCUGGAUCAAGCUGCCAACAGGCUGAAGGCUUUGCCAUCGUCCGAGGUACUUUCCGUUUGCUCCCAGAGCUCCCUCUACCCUGCCUUGCAUCGUGCUGGUCCACUUGCUUCUCACUCCGGGGAAAGUGGGCCGUCGGAGACUGGUGUGUUGCUCUCCCAUGACACCAAGCCCGGGGUCAUCGUGAGCGAGGAUGCAGCUGAGCAGGGAAGGCUGUUCCGUAGGCCUUCGGCCAGUGACUUGGAAGGCCUUCGCUGCAACUUGGCGACCAGGUUUGCUGCCGAGGCGGCAACAGAUGCCCGUGGCGAGUUGCAAGUGAUUGCAAGACCAUUGGCAAGUUCAAAGAUGGGUUCCAUCUUGGGGCCGGGCACACAAGACUCAAAUCCGGAUCUCAUCCCAGAGCCCCUUCCAGUGCGAGAUGUUUGUGUGCCCUCCAAGGAGACUUCCGCCCCAGACCGUUGUGUGGCCUCCGAGAAGACUUCCACCCCAGACGCUUGUGUGGCCUCCCAGAACCAGUCUAAGAAGCCUCGUAGGGACUCCCAGCAGGAUUCCGGCCCCUCCAAGAUCCCAAAGCUUGGUAUCACCACCAUGUGUGAAGCUACUUCCACCCCAGAGCCUGUCAAGGUCUCCCAGAAGGAUCCCCUCCCAGAGCUUUCCGAUGGGGACGCAGCAGGUUCUGCAGCCGAUAUUCCGGAGGUUCCUGAGAGCUUUACCAGGGUUGAUCAGCGGAAGUUGCGGAGGAAUCAGGUGGCAGCUCAGCGGAAGCGCAAGCAUGGCGAGGAUGAGCCCGAGGCUGAGGCUGAGGGUGAGUGCCAUGAAGAGGCACCAGAGCCACGUGGACGACAAGCCUUUGCGGAGCCCAGCCACAGCCGUAGCCCGGUUGCGAUGAAGCGGCCAGCUGCCAAGGGGCAGGUGUCUAAGGCUGCUGGGGAGGCGAAGGCUGCCGGCGAGGUGCCAAAGAAAGCAGCCGGGCCGAAGACCAAGCCGAGGGCUGCCAGUGAGGUGCCAAAGAAAGCGGCCAGUCCGAAGACGAAGCCGAGAGCUGCCAGCGAGGCAGCUGGCCGGGAGGGUGGAUCCGUGAACGAUCUGUUGAAGCUCGUGUUGCAGGGCCUGCCCCUACUCAAGGCCCAGACUGCUGAUAUGGUCAAGAAGCGUCCGGACUACAACUCACGAGAU